AUGGAGGAGACGCUCUUUCUAGGGGGUAAGAGACACCCCAAGCGCAGCAGCAGCAGCAGCAGCAGCAGCAGCAGCAAUGAUGUUUGGACAAACUUCUAUGAAAGAUUAAAAGAUAUUCGAAGCCUGCAUAAAAGGAGACAGCUGACUCAACCUCAAGAAGAGAAUGUCCCCUAUACACCGCCUUCUACGCAAGAGAUACUUCAGGAAUACCUAGAUACCCCCUACCUAGAUGCUGUAUUUACUACUAGCGAAGACUUUGGCCGCCGUUUGUCUCUCGACGAUUUUUUUUCUUCGUUUUGCAAUUUGAAAAAAAUUCAAAGACAUUUUGCUAAAGAGUCGACAGAAAAAGAAUUAUCUCGUCUACGUAAGAAAGGUUUAAGCGAAGAAGCAUUAAAAGAAAGAGCUGCAUCGCUAUUAGCUGAGAAUGAAGAGACAAUGUUUGAUUAUUUAUCUUUUAUUCGUUUACUAGGAGAUUUCUCUGGGGUGCCGAGACACCUAAAAUAUAAACAAAAAGAUUAUAGAGAUUUUCUUCUUCGUCUUGCUGAAUAUUUAAAAGAUUUCUUCUUCAGAGCAAACCCCUUCGCUGAUGCAGACAAGGUCGAGGAGACAAUAUCUGCUGAGUUUAAUCGUUUGUUUAAAGACAAACAAAUUAGAGGCUGGGAGACAGAGACACAUAAGCUCGAACUGUACUGUCUCCUUUCAGAUCGCCUAUUUGCGUCUCCAAAUACUAAAGCUCAUUAUCAACAAUCAGCUGCAUAUAAAAAGAAAUUACUUGAGGCUGCUUCAUCUUCAAAUGAGAAGAGAGAAGAAAUAAUUAAAAGCUCAGAGGAGACAGACAGAGAUAUUGCUUCUCUUGAAUUCUCUAUUAAAUAUUUUGUCGAUAUGCUGCAACCUCAAAUCAAUCAAACGAUCGCAUACUACCAGAAGAAACAAUCUACAAAUGCAGAGGAGGCUUUAGAAGAAGACAACGAGGAGUCCUCAGACGAGGAAGAUGCUGCUGCAGCAGAGGAGGAAAGUGAAGCGGAGGAAGACGAAGGCCCCGUGUAUAACCCUCUUAAUCUCCCCCUAGGUAAAGUGUUUAGGGUUUAG